UUAUUAUUAUUAUUAUUAUUACCUGCUUGUUCAGCAUUCAAUUACAAAAAUGUGGCUUUGAAGGGAACAGCAACUCAGUCGUCCCAGUUCGACUCUAAUGGUGCUGCUGGCAAAGCUAUUGAUGGGAACAGAAAUACAAAGUAUGCAGAGCGGUCCUGCACUCACACUAAGCAGGAUUCCAAACCGUGGUGGAGAGUGGACCUGCACAAUGUGUACACAGUGACCUCAGUGACCAUCACCAACAGAGGGGAUUGUUGUGCUGUGAGAAUCAAUGGGGCAGAGAUUCGUGUUGGAAACUCCCUGGAUGACAAUGGCAACCAGAACCCCUUAUGUGCUGUGAUCACCUGGAUCCCAGCAGGGAACUCCAGUUCUUUCCAGUGUAAUGGGAUGACGGGUCGCUAUGUCAACGUGGUCCUCCCAAGACCUGACUUCCUCACUCUGUGUGAAGUUCAAGUUUAUGGAUACACUAGUACUGAAGAAAAUUUGGCUUUGAAGGGAACAGCAACUCAGUCAUCCCAGUACAACGCUGCUGGUGCUGCUGGCAAAGCUAUUGAUGGGAAGAGAAAUGCAAAAUUCUCUUAUCAUUCUUGCACUCACACCGAGCGGGACUCCAAACCGUGGUGGAAAGUGGACCUGCACAAUGUGUACGCUGUGACCUCAGUGACCAUCACCAACAGAGGGGAUUGUUGUGCUGAGAGAAUCAGUGGGGCAGAGAUUCGUAUUGGAAACUCCCUGGAUGACAAUGGCAACCAGAACCCCUUAUGUGCGGUGAUCACUUCAAUCCCAGCAGGGAACUCUAGGACUUUUCAGUGUAAUGGGAUGACGGGUCGGUAUGUCAACGUGGUCCUCCCAAGACCUGACUUCUUGACUCUUUGUGAAGUUGAAGUUAAUGGAUACCUUAGUACUGAAGAAAAUUUUGCUUUGAAGGGAACAGCAACUCAGUCGUCCCAGUUCGACUCUAAUGGUGCUGCUGGCAAAGCUAUUGAUGGGAAGAGAAAUACAAAGUAUGCAGAUGGAUCCUGCACUCACACUAAGCAGGAUUCCAAACCGUGGUGGAGAAUGGACCUGCACAAUGUGUACACUGUGACCUCAGUGACCAUCACCAACAGAGGAGAUUGUUGUCCUGAGAGAAUCGAUGGGGCAGAGAUUCGUGUUGGAAACUCCCUGGAUGACAAUGGCAAUCAGAACCCCUUAUGUGCUGUGAUCACCUGGAUCCCAGCAGGGAACUCCAGUUCUUUCCAGUGUAAUGGGAUGACAGGUCGCUAUGUCAGUGUGGUCCUCCCAAGAUCUGACUUCCUGACUCUGUGUGAAGUUGAAGUUAAUGGAUACAUUAGUACUGAAGAAAAUUUGGCUUUGAAGGGAACAGCAACUCAGUCAUCCCAGUACAACGCUGCUGGUGCUGCUGGCAAAGCUAUUGAUGGGAAGAGAAAUGCAAAAUUCUCUGAUCAUUCUUGCACUCACACCGAGCGGGACUCCAAACCGUGGUGGAAAGUGGACCUGCACAAUGUGUACGCUGUGACCUCAGUGACCAUCACCAACAGAGGAGAUUGUUGUGCUCAGAGAAUCAAUGGGGCAGAGAUUCGUAUUGGAAACUCCCUGGAUGACAAUGGCAACCAGAACCCCUUAUGUGCGGUGAUCACUUCAAUCCCAGCAGGGAACUCUAGGACUUUUCAGUGUAAUGGGAUGACGGGUUGGUAUGUCAACGUGGUCCUCCCAAGACCUGACUUCUUGACUCUUUGUGAAGUUGAAGUUAAUGGAUACCUUAGUACUGAAGAAAAUUUUGCUUUGAAGGGAACAGCAACUCAGUCGUCCCAGUUCGACUCUAAUGGUGCUGCUGGCAAAGCUAUUGAUGGGAAGAGAAAUACAAAGUAUGCAGAUGGAUCCUGCACUCACACUAAGCAGGAUUCCAAACCGUGGUGGAGAAUGGACCUGCACAAUGUGUACACUGUGACCUCAGUGACCAUCACCAACAGAGGAGAUUGUUGUCCUGAGAGAAUCGAUGGGGCAGAGAUUCGUGUUGGAAACUCCCUGGAUGACAAUGGCAAUCAGAACCCCUUAUGUGCUGUGAUCACCUGGAUCCCAGCAGGGAACUCCAGUUCUUUCCAGUGUAAUGGGAUGACAGGUCGCUAUGUCAGUGUGGUCCUCCCAAGAUCUGACUUCCUGACUCUGUGUGAAGUUGAAGUUAAUGGAUACAUUAGUACUGAAGAAAAUUUGGCUUUGAAGGGAACAGCAACUCAGUCAUCCCAGUACAACGCUGCUGGUGCUGCUGGCAAAGCUAUUGAUGGGAAGAGAAAUGCAAAAUUCUCUGAUCAUUCUUGCACUCACACCGAGCGGGACUCCAAACCGUGGUGGAAAGUGGACCUGCACAAUGUGUACACUGUGACCUCAGUGACCAUCACCAACAGAGGAGAUUGUUGUGCUCAGAGAAUCAAUGGGGCAGAGAUUCGUAUUGGAAACUCCCUGGAUGACAAUGGCAACCAGAACCCCUUAUGUGCGGUGAUCACUUCAAUCCCAGCAGGGAACUCUAGGACUUUUCAGUGUAAUGGGAUGACGGGUCGGUAUGUCAACGUGGUCCUCCCAAGACCUGACUUCUUGACUCUUUGUGAAGUUGAAGUUAAUGGAUACCUUAGUACUGGCCAACUCUCCCUGAGACUGAAGGGGGGAAACAGAACAUGCUCAGGGAGGGUGGAGCUGUGGUAUAAGGGCUCCUGGGGGACCAUCUGUGAUGACUUGUGGGACAUGAGUGAUGCCGAGGUGGUCUGCAGACAGCUGGGCUGCGGGGCAGCACAGGAGGCUCAUGGAAAUGCUGCCUUUGGAAGAAGAAAUGGCCCCAUUUGGCUGAAUGAGGUGAAGUGCAGGGGUGAUGAACUCCACCUGUUGGACUGUCCUCACUCUCUUCAGGACCACACGACCUCCUGCUCUCAUAAAGAGGAUGCUGCUGUCACCUGUGAAGUCAUACCUUCUGAACGCACAGCUGCAACAGGAAUUCCACAAAGAACCACAACCACUGUAAAACCAGUUGGACCCAGUCCACCGUCCCCACUGUCCAUCCCUGCUGUGGUCUUCCUGGUACUGGGAGCUCUUCUCUUCCUACUGCUAGUGCUGCUCGCUGGUCAGUUGUACCAGAACAGGGUGCUGAAGAGAGCCCUGUACCAGGGGGGUCUCACGCCUCUACAUGAGACCAUCUACGAGGAGAUAGAAUACAACCUGACCAGGGGAGAGACAUACAGAGGUCUCAGAAAGGGAAGUGUCCUGUCUGAGGAUGUGCCCUCUGGGUAUGAAGAUGUGGAGGACAGUGAGAGAGACCCCCUCUCAGGGAAAGAUGAGAAGCCAGAGGACUAUGACGAUGCGUUUCCUGUAGAGAAGAGUGCAGGAGGUUUGUCAGAGAAGCUGUCUACAGAAGACACACCAGAGGACUAUGAUGAUGUUACAAUGGGACAGAAUCCAGAGCCAAGUGACUUCUCUGCUCCAUGUUCCAGACUGAUGGGGACAGAAGAAACAGUGGAGGACUAUGAUGAUGUUGUGAGUCCACUUGUGUUACCAGGAGAGAGAGCAUUGACCACACUGCCCCCUGGGGAGGGACCCCCUGCUCCUGACCCCACUGACUAUGAUGAUGUAGAGGAUGGAGGAUCCUCUGCAGUUCUGGAAUCAAUGUGUGACUGACAGUCCAGUCUGAAGGUCCUUGUGCCCAAAGCUUCAAACCAACUCAUUAAAAUUAUGCAUAUAAAGCGGCUGGUAACAAACUUUUACGUUUGUUUUUUAUGAGAAGAUAGAUUCAUACUUUAGAAUAAAAAGUGCUUUUAAACUUGUAAAAAUGUAAAUUUGCACUUUAACACUUGACAAUAUGCAUCAAAAUUAAAACCA